AGAUAUUUUUUUUCAUCAUCAUAAUCAUCAUCAUCAAAGGUCACUGUGUUUUGUGUUCACUGUUCAGUUGGCGUGGAUCAUACAAUUUUGCCUGAUUUAGCCGGUCAUUUAUUUGUAAUCUAAUUGUUUAUCAAUUAUCACUUUAAUUAUUAACAAUUGAUAUAUAUUUUUGUUAAUAAAAAAAUUAAUAAACAUGGCAAACUAUCACAAACCCGAAGCCAAGACAAUUCAAGAACUUAAGGAUAUUGCCAACAAGUUGAGAAUUGAUUCAGUCACCGCUACUGAUGCCAGUAAAUCUGGUCAUCCAACAUCAUGUUCAUCAAUGGCAGAAAUUGUUUCUGUUUUAUUUUUCAAUACCAUGAGAUACAAAUUGUCUGAGCCACGUGAUGCAAGCAGUGAUCGUUUUAUUCUCAGCAAGGGUCAUGCUGCUCCAAUUCUUUAUUCCGCUUGGGCAGAGGCUGGCCUAUUUCCAGUAUCUGAUUUACAAAAUUUGAGAAAAUUUGAUAGUGAUUUAGAGGGUCAUCCAACUCCAAGAUUGAAUUUUAUUGAUGUUGGAACUGGUUCAUUGGGACAAGGUCUAUCAGUAGCAGCUGGUAUGGCUUAUGUUGGAAAAUAUUUCGACAAAGCAAGCUACCGAACUUAUUGUUUGAUUGGAGAUGGUGAAUCUGCUGAAGGUUCAAUUUGGGAAGCUCUUUCCUUUGCAUCACACUAUAAACUUGAUAAUCUUUGUGCAAUUUUUGAUAUUAAUCGACUUGGUCAAAGUGAGCCAACAGCAAUUCAACAUAAUAUGGAAGUUUAUCGUAAACGUCUUGAUGCAUUUGGCUUUAAUGCAAUUGUUGUUGAUGGACAUGAUGUUGAAGAACUUGUUAAAGCAUUCCAUGAAGCACAAUCAACAAAAGAUCGUCCAACAGCAAUUAUUGCAAAAACAUUUAAGGGUAAAAAUUUUCCAAAUAUUGAAGAUCUUGAAAAUUGGCAUGGUAAAGCACUUGGUGGUAAAUCAGAUGAAGUUAUAAAACAUUUAACAUCACUUAUUAAAAAUCAUGGACCACUUGGUCUUCGUCCACAAAAACCAAUUGUUGAUGAUGCACCAAUUGUUGAUAUAACAAAUGUUAAACUUGAUACACCACCAAAUUAUAAAGAUGGUGAUUCAAUUGCAACACGUUUAGCAUAUGGUACUGCACUUGCUAAAAUUGCUAAAAAUAAUUCACGUGUUGUUGCAUUUGAUGGUGAUACUAAAAAUUCAACAUUUGCUGAUAAAAUAAAGACAAUUGAUUCAAAUCGUUUUGUUGAAUGUUUUAUUGCUGAACAAAAUUUAGUUGGUGUUGCAACUGGUGCUGCAUGUCGUGAUAGAACAAUUGCAUUUGUAUCAGCAUUUGCAACAUUCUUUACACGCGCAUUUGAUCAAAUACGUAUGGGAGCAAUAUCACAAUCAAAUGUUAAUUUUGUUGGUUCACAUUGUGGUGUAUCAAUUGGUGAAGAUGGUCCAUCACAAAUGGGUCUUGAAGAUAUUGCAUUAUUCCGUUCAAUACCUGGAUCAACUGUAUUUUAUCCAAGUGAUGCUGUAUCAACUGAACGUGCUGUUGAACUUGCUGCAAACACAAAAGGCAUUUGCUUUAUUCGUACAUCAAGACCAAAUACAUCAAUAUUAUAUAAAAAUGAUGAAAAAAUUAUGAUUGGUAAAGCUAAAGUUAUCAAAUCAUCAAGUGAUGAUAAAGUGCUAGUGAUUGGUGCUGGUAUAACACUUCAUGAAGGAAUAAAAGCUGCUGAAGAACUUGAAAAAAGUGGUAUUAAUGUUAGAGUACUUGAUCCAUUUACAAUUAAACCAAUUGAUGCUGAAAGUAUUAUUAGUAAUGCCAAAGAAUGUGGUGGAAGAAUUGUUACUGUUGAAGAUCAUUAUCCAGAGGGUGGUCUUGGUGAAGCUGUUGCAUCUGCUGUUGCACUUGAACGUAAUAUUAUUAUUAAAAAACUUGCUGUACCAAAAGUACCACGUUCUGGACCACCAAGUGUUCUUGUUGAUGCCUUUGGUAUCGGUUCACGUUCUAUUAUUGCAGCUGUUCAAGAAAUUUUGAAAUACUAAUUUAUCUAUAAUAUUGUUAAAACAGUUUAAACACUUUUUCUAUUCAACUGCCCAUUUAUUCAACUUUUCUUUUUGUAAUUAAAUAUUUUUCAUAUGAAAAUUUAUAAAUAUCAUUAUUAAAUUUUCGGAAAUACAACAUUCCAGAAAAAUUUUAUUACAAUAUUUUUAUAUAAUACAAAAUUAUUUUCAUUAACAGUAAUAAUAAAUAAAGCUCUUGUAAUUUAAAUAAAAUUAUUUUUUAUUUAUAAAUUAUAUAAUCCAGCUAUUAACCUACAGAUUAAAAUUAAUUUUAUAUUUUUUUUAUUGAUAGGAAAUUAAUGUCAAGAAAAAAAAAAG